AUUGCCGAGCCCCCCCCCCCCCCCCCCGGACCCUAGGCAGCCAGCCCUUCCUGUCUCAUCUAGUUUCGGUGACCUGCUCCUCGUUCCCCAUCUCUAGACUGCCCAGAGCAAAGCGCAGGAGCUCCAGAGUUCGUCCGGGAGCUGUCCGGAGAAGCUCUGUUAGAUUCGUUCCCAGGGUGCCCAAACCCGAGGCGCCGUCCGAGUCAGGAAGAGUGCAAGGCCAUGGCAGAGCCAGGUGGCCCCUUGCGGCUCCGGGAGUGGCUGGUGGCGCAGAUUGAAAGCGGACACUACCCCGGGCUCCGCUGGGAGAACCGAGAGAAGACGAUGUUCCGCAUCCCCUGGAAGCACGCGGCCAAGCAGGACUACAGGCAGCAGCAGGACGCCGCGCUGUUUCGGGCCUGGGCCAUUUACAAAGGUAAAUACCAGGAGGGCACAGACAAAGCUGACCCCUCUGUUUGGAAAACCCGCCUGCGCUGUGCCCUCAACAAGAGCACAGACUUCCAGGAAGUGAUUGAUCGGAGCCAACUGGACAUCUCUGAGCCCUACAAGGUCUACCAGAUCAUCUCUGAGGGGAUCUGCAACCUGGAGGAUGAGGGGCAGCAGGGCCGUCUCAGAACCCCACAAGAUCUAUCAGCUGAACCUCUCCAGAGGCCAGACCAGGCUGGCUCAGACUCAGCUGCUGAGGAAAUUGGCAAAGAAAGGAUUCCUAAGGGCUGCCAUCAGGUUCCCCCAGCCCCCUGCUUUACCAGUUCAAAGGCUGAGCCUGGAUACCAAGUGACAGGCACAUUUUACAGUUGGGACCCUUCACAGAGUCACCUUCCCCCAAGCCUGACACCCUGGGAGGAUGUCAGCAACUCCGACUGCUGGCUCCACAUCCGUCUGUACUACCGAGAUGUCCUGGUGAAGGAGGCUAUCGCUUACACUGCUGAGGGCUGCCGCUUGACAACCCGGCCUGUGCCCAUGGACAGCCCACAUCUCUAUGGCCCUGCCAAGCUGGAGCAGAUCCAUUUUCCAUCACCUCACUCUCUGCCAGGGGCCAGCCCACCUGUUACCCAGAUCUUGGAGCGUCUCUUGCCUCACCUGGACAAGGGAGUCUUGCUGUGGGUAGCUCCUGAGGGGGUCUUUGCGAAGAGGCAGUGCCAGGGUCGGGUUUACUGGAGAGGCCCUCUGGCGCCCCAUUGUGACCAGCCCAACAAAUUGGAAAGAGAGAAGACCUAUAAGCUGUUGGACACCCAGCAGUUCCUGGAUCAGCUGCGUCGGUACCUGUCUCUUGGGGAGCCCGCACCCCAGUACCAGAUCCAACUCUGCUUUGGAGAGGAGUACCCAGGUCCAAGCUGUCAGUCCCAGGGGAGACUCAUCAUGGCUCAUGUGGAGCCUGUGUUCGCCCGAGAGCUCUUCCUGCACUCUAAGCGUUUCAGCCCCCAGGCUCCUCCAGGUUCCCAGCCCAGUGCUCCAAAGAGGCCGAACCAGCCCUGACUGUGGCCUCACCCCAUCUCUGGAGAAACUCCCGCUCUCCAGAGCAUCUCCCUUUUAGGGCGCAUCUUCUUCCAAGCUGAGCCAGUGUUUUCCCCAGGCUACCCUCACGCUCAUGCCACCUGCCUCAGAGGAGGCUUUGUGUGUGCCAGGCAGUGUGUGAGAGUCUUGGAAGUGAGGGAGCCCAAGCUGUGUGUCUAAACCAAACUUGAGUGAGCUUUAGGCGUUGUUCACACGAGGAACCCUUUAACCCUUUUGAAAACUGGCCUCUCUGUGCCCACCCCCAGACGUCCAGAACUCCGGGCAGCUCUGUCCCGUUCCUGCCCUUGGAAUGCCUCCUGUGCUGAUGUGAUGGUAAACAGAACUGUAACCCGUUUGUCAGGGGUCCAGUGGAAAGAGCACCGGGUCGGGGAGCUUCAGGUUCGCUUCUCAAAGCCACAGGGAUUCGGGCCGUGAUGUGGGUUAGUCACACCACCUCUGAGAAGCGAUCUCUGUCCAGUGGAGAUGUUCCUACGGGUAGUAUCUGCCUCAGGAGCGGUGGUGAAAACGAGGCAGCAUGUACAGCGCAUUUUGUAAGCUUAAAAGGCCUCCUAUCGGUGGUAGCCGGCCUUGUUUCCUCAUUUGGAUUUCACAAGGAGAGACGGGAAAAGGAGUUAUUGUCCAUAUCUUUGUAGGGAGGAAACUGAGGCUGGGGGGGUGGGGUGGUCUAUGGCCCUACAGUGGCAGGGCUAGGAUUGGGAACUAGGGUCUAAAGUCCUCCCAGGCCGCCUUUCCCUGGACUCCAUGGCACCUUCAUCAACAACAGCAGGCUGAAGGCCAUCAUUGACAAUAUCAAAAACCUCUCUUGUCGGGGGCAGCUGAGUAGCUCAGUGGAUGGAGAGCCAGGCCUUAGAGACCAGAGGUCCUGGGUUCAAAUCUGGCCUCAGACACUUCCCGGCUGUGUGACCCUGGGCAAGUCACUUAACCCCCAUUGCCUAACCCUUACAGCUCUUCUGCCUUGGAACCAAUACACAGUAUUGACUCCAAGAUGGAAGGUAAGGGUUUUAAAGAGAGGGGAAGAAAAAAAACCUCUCUUGUCAUGCUGCCUGUGUAGAACAGUCUUGGAUGAGAGAGAUCAUGCUGGGAGAGCCUCAGGGGUGGGGCCGAAGUAAGACAGGCCUGUGGUCAAUUCCCCACCUGCCCUGCUCCCUCCCUCCAUUCUCUUGUUAGCUGGACCCUGGAAAGGACCCUGGGGAUCAUCCAGGACCACCCUCCUCAUUUUAUGAAUGAAAUAGGGAAACAAGGGCCCCAGAGGGAAUGGGACACCAGGGCCAGGAGUGGGUUCCUCAAGGGUGACUUGCCCAAGUUCACACAAGUAAGGAAUAAAACUGGGAUUUGAAUCCAGGUCUUCUGACUUUAUUAUCUUUCCAUCGAUUCCUGUUUUCCGGGUCCCCAGGAAAGAUCUGACUCAGAGCCACUGAUGGCUCCUAAAGUUGAGUAGUAUGUCCUUCCUCUCCCUGCACUCACUCCCCAAGAUCUAUAAGGGCUGGGGCAGGUUGAAAGGAGAAAAUGUGGCUAAGCCCAGAAAGACAGCCUUUUCUUCGGAGCUCAGCAGAGGGAGCUCCGGCCAAGGAGCUACAGAGCUUACUGAAGUCUCUCUCCCACAUCCUUCCUCUACAAGGGCCAGGGGCUUCCCCACACCCACCCUUCCUCUUCCUCCCUCCCAGCAGCCCCCCUCCUCCUCUCCUGCCUCGGGACCCCUUCUCCCUUCUUCCCCACCUCUCUGGCUCUUGGCCCUCCUUCCACACCCCAAGCCCCCAUUUUCCCCUGCCUGCCUCAUAGCUCUCGCUCCUCCCUUCCCUUCCCCCCCACCCCCUCCAGGCUCCCUUCUCCUCUUGGCCCUCACUCCUUCCUCUCCUUCCCCACAACCCCUUUCCUUUCUCCCGUGGUUCCCCCAGAGGACCCCCCUCUUUGAUACUCUCCCCCCACCGUCCAUUCUCCCUUCCUCCUCACCCUCAUCUCCUCCUGAGGGAGAGGCCCUUGUUUGCAAAGGGGAAAGGAUGGAGUCCUAAAAGGAGCCUGGAGUGUCUGGAGGAGUGUAUAGAAGGGAGAUGUCAAGGGGUGGGGGGAGAGAAAAGGAAGAGGAGAAGGGGGAAGGCAAGAGCGACCAGAAGGGAAACAGAAAGAGAGAGUGCGGGAGGGAGGGGGGAAAGGACAGAGAUAAAAGCCCCCAGGCCGAAUGGGAAGGAAAGUGCUAAGCCACCUCUGGAGAUGGAGAAGCCCAGGGAAAGAGAGAGGCAAGAAGGCAGUUAGGAAACUCUAGUCUGACUUUGCGGCUCUUUUUUCAGUUCUGCCCAGCCAGUCCAGCCAGCCCAGCCUCUCCUUCGUCCUCCUGUGGUCCUUCCCUUGGGACCCUCAGCCCUGGAGCCUGGGGGGCUGGGCCAAAGCGUGGCCCCUCCCCGGGUCCCCAAGGGCUGGGGCAGGGCUCCCUCCAACCAGGGCUGGCCGCGGUGUGAAAGGGGUGGGGGCAGAGAGGCCGAGUCCCUCCCCUCCAGCCUUUCCAGGCCAAAGGGGCUGGGCGGGCCGAGGGCUUUUAACCAGCUGGCGGAGGCUCCUGAACGGCUUUUGGCGGUGAAGGCCUCUGGGAAAGGAAAGAAAUGCAGCCUGACUGUCCCACGCCACGGGGGCCUGGGAAUGGCCAGAGCCAGGACCCAGGUCCCCACCGGCCAGGGGAGCUGGCCAAGCCCCCGUACAGCUACAUCGCCCUCAUCACCAUGGCCAUCCAGAGCUCCCCAGGCCAGAGGGCCACUCUCAGUGCCAUCUACCACUACAUCAUGGGCCGCUUUGCUUUCUAUCGAGACAACCGGCCUGGCUGGCAGAACAGCAUCCGACACAACCUGUCCCUCAAUGAGUGCUUUGUCAAGGUGCCCCGAGAUGACCGUAGACCCGGCAAGGGCAGCUACUGGACCCUGGACCCUGACAGCUACAACAUGUUCGAGAAUGGCAGCUUCCUGAGAAGGAGGCGCCGCUUCACCCGCAAGAGGGGGUCUGAGCCCGAAUCGGAGACCCAAAGGAAGGCCAAGAGCAGGGCCCGGGCAGGGCCAGGUCGCGGAGGCUAUCGGGCCGCUGGGAUGCCAGACCCUCAUGGUGAUGCCCGGGAGCAGAGGGGUACUUCUAGCCAGGCCAGGACUACCACUGGACCAUGUCUAGCCCCAUCCCUGGAGCUGCCUGAGCCCCAGGGUCUCUGCCAUCCCAAUCCAGAGACACCACCCAAUGAGAGCCUCUUUGGGGGUCUUGCGGAGGCCCUCCCUACCACCCCAGCUGGUCUAUACAUUUCCACGUCUGAGCCGCUGGCCCUGCCAGCCUCCCAGAUGCUGAUGGACCUGAAGGAGCCUACAGAGCCAGCCAGGUCUCCUGGACAGAGGGUGGACCCUCAAGAGCUUCCGCCCUCCUCCUCCUCCUCUUCCUCCUCUUCUGCCUCUCCAUGCCCAGCAUUUAGCCUGCCCCCAGGUUUCCCUGCCCCUCAGGGCCCUCAGCCCUCCCCAGCCCGCUUUCCAGAGAGUGAGGCCUAUGGCAAGGCAGGGCUACCCAUCUUUGGCAACUUUGGUGGGGCUGAAGCUCUGGGUGGCAGCUACCAGUGCCGGGUCCAAGCCCUGAGCUUCUGCAUGGACGAGCGGGGCUGCGGUCCGGGCCUGGAUCAUUUGCUCACACCUGCUCCGGCUUCCCCAGCCACCCCAACUCAGUCAGCUCCUUUCCAAUCCCCACUACCCCUUCGAGGGAACCAGAAGGAGCCCUGGACUGGGGGGACUUUCCCACUCCAAGGAGGAGGAAGCUACCAGCUAGGGCUACCCCACUGCCUCUAUCGGACCCCAGGCAUGUUCUUUUUUGAAUGAAGUCUCCUUCUGGCCCUCUGCUUCUUCCCUUGUACAGCCAGACAGGUUCCCCCAACUUCUUCAUGCAAGGACAUGCUUAAAGAAUGGACUCUUACCUGAGGGAUGGAGCUAAGCAAUACUCUCCAGAAGAUGCCCUGCUCCGUCUGUCGCCAGCACACUGGGUCUCUGAGAGAGAGGGUGCCAGGGAUGGCAAAGGAUAGGGCUCUCCCCUUGGUAAAGAUGGGGGCCAGAAUUCCAGGCCAGGGAGAGGAAUUAUUCUCACAAAUGUAUGAAAAACUAAGGAUUAAAUCACAGAACUAUUAGAUCUGGAGGGGACUUAAGAAGUCACCUAAUCCAACACCUUCAUCUUACAAAGGAGGAAGCAAAGGAGGGCAAUGACUUGCCCAAGGUCACACAACUAGUAGUACGUAGAGCCAGAGCCCAGACCUAGGUUUUCUGAGUCUUCUUAAUCCAGAGCUCUUCUCACUACUGAACAGGACUGAAGAAGCAACAGAAACAGGAGAUCUUUGUCUUCCUUGAAUGACACAGGGUUCUGCUUCCCGAGGAUCCCAGAAUUUGGGCCAGUGACCUCAUGGUCCUCCAUGGACAAACUUGGGGAGUGUGGGGAAGGAGGUGUGAGCCUGGACCUUUGUCAGAUUUUACUCAACACUCUACUUAAUAAAGCAAGUGAGUCUUGAAAGACA